GCUGCGGCACUUGUUGUUAGCUAUCGAACAAGUGGUUUCAAAAUAACCCACCAGUAGCUUCCAUUUUGCUUGUAAAUUUCAAGACAAUCAGUCUUCACGAAAACAUAGUCACGCCCAUGCCAGAGAAACUUUCUGCUUCAGUCAAAACAUUUUGCUGCUCAAAAGAGUCAUGUCUAUCAUAAGUGAAUACUCUUAUUAUGCGUGGGUUAAAUUUUGGACACCGUCUUUUUGGUUACCACCACACAUCACUUGGAGUGAUUUCAAAGACACAGAAGACGUUGUUUACCCCAAAUUCCAAGAAAUCUGUUACCCUGUUGCAUAUUCCAUUAUAGUUGUUCUCGUUAGGCUUUUCAUUGAAAGGUGUAUUUUUCUGCCAUGGGGUUUACGAAGAGGCCUAAAGCAAACAAAAAAAACGGUAGUGAAGAAUGUAUUGUUGGAAGAAGCUUAUAAACAAGGAGGAUUGGACCUAACCCAUAGUAAAAUUACUGGGUUAGCAAAACAACUUGACUGGAGGGUACGACAAGUAGAGCAAUGGCUUCGACACAGAAAACAACAAAAUAAACCUUCUGCUCUAGUCAAGUUAAUGGAAAGUGGUUGGAGAUUUACUUACUAUUCCUUUGCUGUUGGUUAUGGCUUAUGGGCCCUUUGGGAUAAGCCUUGGUUUUGGAACAUUGAUGAAUGCUGGACUGAUUACCCUCAUCAGACUGUCACAUGGGACAUCAAGCUUUAUUAUGUGUUUCAAUUAAGUUGCUACUGGUCUAUGCUCUUCUCCCAGUUUGUUGAUGUCCAAAGAAAAGACUUUUUAGAAAUGUUCAUUCAUCAUUUGACUACUAUCCUCUUGAUUAUUUUCUCGUAUUCAUGUAAUCUUAUACGCGGUGGGAGCUUGGUACUCAUUGUUCAUGACUUCGCCGACGUGUUUAUGGAAGCGGCCAAAAUGUUCAAGUACAUCAAAUGGCAGCGCAGUUGUGAUACUUGUUUUGCUUUGUUCUUCAUCGUUUGGACUAUUACGCGACUUAUGAUUUUCCCAGGAUAUCUCAUAAAAAAUUUUUGGCUGACGGCCCCGAAUUUCAUGCCUAUGUUUCCUGCCUAUAAUGCAUUGAAAUACUUGGUUGUGGUACUGUUUCUGCUUCACAUCAUGUGGACUUAUUUCAUUCUGAAAAUAUUAAAACGUGCCGUCUUAUCAGGAAAGACGGAAAGGGAUUCCCGAAGUUCGUCAAGCGAAGCUUCAGCUACCGAGGAUACUUCUGAUCAAACUGCCUCUUCGGUUCGACUCCGUAAAAAAUGAGCUCUGAAAAUAGCAGCCCAAAUUAAAAAACAAUCCUUAAACAGUGUGAUUUUUAAUAGCCCAGAACCAAAAAAAGCAUUCCCAUUUUACGAAAAGUUUUAAUUUUCGAGAUUGCGCUCAGUACAUUAGUAUGCCUUACUUCAUGGGGUCCAUGAGGAACUUUCCAUCGUUUUGUCGUCUUAAUAGCUGCUGGCAAAGAUGUGUUGUUAUGAUACCUAUUGCAAUAUAUUCUAUGCUAUUCUGUUA